AUGAACAAUGCAACAAAUCUACCCCAAAAUAAUACUGAAAUUAAUAUCAGCAUUAAAAUAGUCGCAUCAAACAGCCUCGAUUUGAAGGAUGGACCUUUUGCAUUUAAUUUGCCUAGAGAAGUGACGCUUGAAAAAAUUCGGGACAAUCUCAUGAGAAGAAGGGAUGCACUUCAUAUGGGUUCUAAUUGUUAUUUUUUAGAUAAAAAAAAUAAUCAAAUUCCUCCCGCAAGUGAAUCAAGCACUAAAUUAUAUGAGAUAUUGCAAACCAAUAAUAAUGAACCUAUUUUGUAUAUAAUCCAAAAAACGAAGUACGAUUGGACUCAACUAAUCAUGAAAUGUGAAUAUGGGUUUACAUUUGACGAAAACAAUAAGUUCAUUAAAGAUGCCUCUGAAUCUGCAUUUAAGAUCAACGUAAACGAAAUUCAAAAAUUGGAUUUGGUAAAUAAAUAUUUUGAAGAGGAAAAGGAAUGCAAUCAUAAACUAGAAGCUUUUUGUGAAAGAAAUCUCAUAUCAGGUGGAAGUGUUUCGGCAAAAUCACUUUGGCUUUCCAUAUCUUUUGGACUAUCACAAGAAUGUUCUAAACAAAUGCUUAGUAAUCGUGAAGAAUUUACUAAAUAUUCUCAUCAGAAAUGGAAAAAGGCAAUAGUUAUCCUUCAAAAAUCAUGCAUUUCACUAACUGAAAAUUUUAUUAAAGCUGUUAAAGACGCAUUGGCUAUGAGUACUGAUAACAAAAAACUCAAAAGCCUUCGAGAAAUAUCAAAAAAAUAUGGCCAAUUCUAUGCACGCAGCUUCGCAUUCGGAGGUGCAAUAGUUAAGGAAAAAACAUAUACCAAUGAAAGUUCAAAAACUAAAAAAACUGAUUUAAACAGCAAGAUUGGUCUUUCUGCACAGGACGUCGCCGAAGCUAAUGUUAAUUUAAAUAUUGCACGCAGAACCAAUAAUAACAGAAAGGCAUUCAACUCUGAAUCAAUAGUAAAAAUUCGAGUUGUCGGCGGAAUUAUAGAAAAAUAUGAUAGCCAAGAUAAUUCUAUAAAACCUUGGUCAGAUUCUCUAGAAGAUCACACCACUUGGGAUAUAAUUGAUUACGAUGAAAUUGGUUUGAUAUUUGAAUUACUAGAUGAUGGAUUGCAAAAACAAGUUUUUGACGUAUUAGCACAUGUUGACAAGAUAAAAUUUGAUGUUUCAAAAUUAAAGCCAUUUAUUUAUCCAUUGAGCUCAUAUAUUGAAGAGUUGGGAGAAAUAAAAAUAAAAGAAUGUAAGAUUUUUGCAUCGAUUAUGGGCGAAGAUAAAAGUGUAUUUUCUUUACAUGUAAACUAUGUAGACGAUGAAACCCCCGAAAUUAUUGUUCAUUUAAUUCAGCAUAAAACUAAAAAAAAAAGUUUAACUCCUAAGUUAUGUUGGAUUAUUGUCGAUAUAAUAACUGAUAGUUCAGGUACAAUAACCGAUAACUCUUCAAUCAUCUCACAAUCGAAUUCAACACCAAAUAACUCUGCUACCAUAUCAGAAUCAAACUUAACACCCGAUAACUCUGCUAUCAUAUCAGAAUCAAACUCAGCAUCCAAUAACACUGUUAUGACAAAAAUUAUUAAGGAUAUUUCAUCUAUUAUCAUUGAUGGAUUUGCUAAAUUAUAUAAUGAUUUAGAUCAUAACGAAAUAAGUGGCAAUAGUUUUAAAAAAAAGGCAAUUGAAUGGCUUGAAUACUUUUUAACUCCAUCUCAAGGACACCCAAAUAGAAACUUUGUAUGGGGAUUAUAUCGAGCAACAGAUUGUACACCCUAUAUGCACUCUUUAGUUUAUCAUAUUCCUGAGUUCAUAGAUAUUCAUAAAGAUUUAGGAUUAAUGGCUUUUUCAUGUUCAGCUUUAGAAAAAAAAAACCAUAUUCAAGUAUGUCGAUAUUUUCAAAAUACAUUAAAGGAUGGUGGACAUGAGCGUUCUAGGAAGUCAGCAGUUUUAGAAAUAUUGGAGCAUAAAAAUCGGCAACUAUUUUUUUGA